AUGGCUUGUCCCGUUCUCGGUCUGGAAGCUCUCCAGCCCCUGCAGCCCGAGCCGCCCCCCGAGCCCGCCUUCUCCGAGGCGCAGAAGUGGAUCGAGCAAGUAACCGGCCGAAGUUUUGGUGAUAAAGAUUUUCGGACAGGAUUAGAAAAUGGAAUCCUUCUCUGCGAGUUGCUGAAUGCUAUAAAGCCAGGACUUGUUAAAAAGAUCAAUAGAUUGCCUACCCCCAUUGCAGGAUUGGACAAUAUCAUAUUAUUCUUGAGAGGUUGUAAAGAGCUUGGCCUCAAAGAAUCUCAACUUUUUGACCCGAGUGACCUACAGGAUACGUCCAACAGAGUAACAGUCAAGAGUCUUGAUUAUAGUAGGAAGCUGAAAAAUGUACUGGUGACCAUUUACUGGCUGGGCAAAGCGGCCAACAGCUGUGCCUCCUACAGUGGGACUACACUGAACCUGAAGGAGUUUGAAGGCUUGCUGGCUCAGAUGAGAAAGGAGGCUGAUGACAUUGAGAGCCCUAAACGUAGUAUUCGAGACAGUGGCUACAUCGACUGCUGGGACUCCGAGCGCAGCGACUCCCUGUCUCCCCCUCGACACGGCAGAGAUGAUUCCUUCGACAGCCUGGACUCCUUUGGCUCCCGUUCCCGGCAGACUCCCUCGCCAGAUGUAGUCCUCAGGGGAAGCAGUGAUGGGAGGGGGAGCGACUCUGAAUCCGACCUGCCCCAUCGGAAGCUGCCCGAUGUGAAGAAGGAUGACAUGUCUGCGAGGCGGACGUCCCACGGUGAGCCGAAAUCAGCAGUGCCUUUUAACCAGUACCUCCCCAACAAGAGCAACCAGACAGCUUACGUCCCUGCGCCUCUGAGAAGGAAGAAGGUGGAGCGAGAGGAAUAUCGGAAGAGCUGGAGCACCGCCACCUCCCCGCUGGGUGGGGAGAGGCCCUUCAGAUACGGACCGAGAACUCCUGUGUCUGACGACGCAGAGAGCACGAGUAUGUUCGACAUGCGGGGCGAGGAGGACGCCGCGGUGCAGCCGCACGGCAGGGCCCGCCAGGAGCAGCUGCAGCUGAUCAACAGCCAGCUGCGGGAAGAGGAUGACAAAUGGCAGGAUGACCUGGCUCGUUGGAAGAGCCGCAGAAGAAGUGCUUCUCAGGACUUAAUCAGAAAAGAGGAAGAAAGGAAAAAAAUGGAGAAGUUACUGGCUGGAGAGGAUGGGACAAGGGAACGAAGGAAAAGCAUAAAAACCUACAGAGAAAUCGUCCAAGAAAAGGAGCGCAGAGAGAGGGAGUUGCAUGAAGCAUAUAAGAAUGCACGGACCCGGGAGGAGGCAGAGGGUAUCCUUCAGCAGUAUAUCGAGAGAUUCACCAUCAGUGAAGCUGUUCUUGAACGCUUGGAGAUGCCAAAAAUCCUGGAAAGAAGCCAUUCAACAGAGCCAAACUUAUCCUGCUUCCUCAGCGACCCCAGCCCUAUGAAAUACCUGCGGCAACAGUCACUGCCUCCACCCAAGUUCACUGCCACCGUGGAAACCACCAUCGCUCGUCCCAGCGUUCUGGAUGCCAGCAUGUCAGCAGGCAGUGGGUCUCCAAGCAAAACUCUCUCUCCCAAAGCAGUGCCUGUGCUGACGCCCAAGCCUUACUCCCAGCCCAAAACCUCUCAAGAGGUUCUGAAGACCUUCAAGGUAGAUGGGAAAGUCACCAUGAAUGGAGAGACGACUCAUGGUGAUGAGGAGGAGAAGGAAAGAGAGUGUCCCACGGCGGCACUUGCCCCCUCGUUGACCAAAUCCCAGAUGUUUGAAGGUGUGGCCAGAGUGCAUGGGUCCCCUGUGGAGCUGAAACAAGAUAGCAACAGCAUUGAGAUCAACAUAAAGAAGCCAAGUUCUCUUCCCCAAGAGCUGACAGCAACCACUGAAGAGACGAAAGCGAACAGUCAAGAAGAUGAAAACGAUAGUGAAGAAGCAGGAAGAGGGAAUACAGAAGUUGCCUCAUCAGAGCCACAGCUUUUUACAACAACUGUGACCAGAUCCAGCCCGACCGUGGCCUUCGUGGAGCUUUCCCCCAGCCCUCAGCUGAAGAAUGAGGUGCCAGAAGAGAAGGAGCCGAAGAACCCAGAAAAUGAGAUGAGUGGGAAGGUGGAGCUGGUGCUGUCCCAGAAGGUGGUAAAGCCAAAAUCUCCCGAGCCAGAAGCAACCCUGACAUUUCCAUUUCUAGACAAAAUGCCUGAAACCAACCAGUCACCUUUGCCAAAUCUCAAUUCUCAAGUGGAUUCUCCAAGUAGUGAAAAGUCACCUGUAACUACACCUUUUAAGUUCUGGGCAUGGGACCCAGAAGAGGAGCGCAGGCGACAGGAAAAAUGGCAGCAGGAGCAGGAACGUUUGCUCCAGGAGAGAUACCAGAAGGAGCAGGACAAGCUGAAAGAAGAGUGGGAAAAGGCCCAAAAGGAAGUGGAAGAAGAAGAACGCAGAUACUACGAGGAGGAGCGGAAAAUAAUUGAGGACACUGUGGUUCCAUUUACUAUUUCUUCAAGUUCUGCAGACCAGCUCUCUACAUCUUCCUCCGUGACAGAAGGCAGUGGGACAGUGAAUAAGAUGGACUUGGAAAACUGUUGCGAGGGAGAACAAGAGACAAGACAGAAGAGACCAGUCCGGGAGGGUAACAGUGACUCCCUGCUGAAGACUAGGGGAGGCGAUCCACCGGAGGAGAAGGGCAGCUGCCUAACUCAAGAGGUCUUGACUCACUCUGAGAACCCUGCCUCAGAAGGCGUCUCCCUCCAGCUGGAUACAGAAGCUGGGGCCCCACACUAUGGGGUGAACCCACAGCGAGCUCAGGAUCCAUCCCAGAAUCAGCAGGUAUCAAACCCACCGAUGCACAUUUUAGAAGAUGUGAAGCCAAAAACCCUUCCAUUGGACAAAAGCAUUAACCAUCAGAUUGAGUCUCCAAGUGAAAGGCGGAAGAAAAGCCCUCGAGAGAACUUCCAGGCUGGGCGCUUGUCCCCCUGCUCCCCCACCCCUCCUGGCCAGUCACCAAACAGGUCUGUAAGUGGGAAGAAGCUGUGCUCUUCGUGCGGGCUUCCCUUAGGCAAAGGCGCUGCUAUGAUCAUUGAGACCCUCAGUCUGUAUUUUCACAUCCAGUGCUUUCAGUGUGGAAUUUGUAAAGGACAGCUUGGAGACGCAGUGAGUGGGACGGAUGUUAGGAUCCGAAAUGGUCUUCUAAACUGUAAUGACUGCUACAUGCGAUCCAGAAGUGCUGGCCAACCCACAACAUUGUGA